AGCAGCUUACUAGGAACCGUCAAUUUCUCUCUCUUCACACGCGUAAUCUCAAACUAUAACAUUUCCAAUUCCACACACAAAUCCUCUCUCUGAAUGACGCGCUUCAAUGGCGGCUAUACUGUCGUUCAUGUCAAAUUUUUAGCAUAAUUUUCCGUUUCCCAUGGACAGUCGCUCACAAAGACACGAACCAAUGUUUUACUUUUGCUUCUUGGUCUUCUUGACCACCUUCCUCUUCGUUUUCUCUUACUCUACGUACAGAAUAUCGAGGACUGCUAAGCUAAAGAAAGAAGAGGAACGCACCCAGAAGCCAAUUCAGAGUGACCAGUCGAGAUUGGAGCGUUCUUCGGCUGAAAUUGUGGGUAAAACCCAUGAAACCAGUGAAAAGGACCCGACCCCUUUGGCCCGUUCGCUGCUUGGGGAGAUCUUCCCCUCUGAUUCCUCGAAAUGGGAGUGUUUGUUUGAUGAAGAAAAGAGUUGUGACCCGGGUUCAAACGGGUCGGGUUUGGACAUUGAGGGGCUGGACUCGGGUGGGGAUCAGAGGGUGAAGAAGAAGAAGAAGAGGGCCAAGAAGAAGAAGUUGAAUUUGCAAGCUGAAGAGGGGCGCGCGGAGAGAGAAAAUUCGGGUACGGGUUCUCGGGCCAAGCAGGAUUUGGUAUGCUUCUACCCGUUUACAUCGUCUAGUAGUGCCAUGCAAAGGAGGAUCAAGCAGCGGUAUGAUGAGCUUGUGGAGUGCAACGAGACGAAGGGACUGACACUGGCCCAGGUUGGAGACUUUGCUAACUGCUUGAUUAAGGCUAGAAAUGAGCUACAGCAGAAGGCUGAUGGCAUCCAACGUAAGUUCUCUAUAACAAAGGCUCUACUGUUCAAGGCAGACAGAUCUUCGUUUGACCGCCUUCGUCAACAGAUAUGCAAGCUAGAAUUAGAACAACAGAGACUAGAACAGGAUGCAUUUGUUUAUAAUUUGCUUCAACAACAGCUUAAACUCUCUCCGGCAUACAAGAAGAUGCUUGAAAUUAGUGCUUCCAUGGAGUUGAAGGCCAACUCUGGUGAGCCGAUGAACAGUACAGAUACCGAGUUUGCUGACAUUUCGUUUGAAGAGUUAUUAGCGCAAGAAAAGAAGGAUUCAUUUUGGCAAAGAAAAUCAAGAUCUUGCUCAGGCUGAUGACGAUAUUGUAAGAUUUUGGGGGAAAAGUUGCAUAUGAAACAUAAAAGAGAAUCACAGAAUGUACUAACCUCUAGUCAUUGUUGCUUUAGUACUUGAAUCGAAGAACCAAGAACUUUUAUGAAUUUGUAGAAUUUUAGAACCCUCACAAUAUUCCUAAUGGAGAGUGAUGGAUAGAGUUUUCAGCCUAUAGUUUUCUCACGUUAAAGUUGACUGAUGAGAAUCACAUGCUUAUUUAUUUAUAAAUAGGCCAGGACCUUUAUCCAAUUAA